ACUGUGUGUCAGCAGCAUUUCCUGAGUCCGCCUAUUCUUGAUAUCCAGAGUAUUUGGUCAUGACUACACAAGAAACUCUUCGAACGUUACUGGAAAAUCUCGAGGCAUACAAGCCUACUAUAUUACCAUCGCCAAAACACCAACGUCGGAGAGCAUGUGUUUCCAUAAUCAUCCGUUGGACGGGCCAUGAACAUAAUUACAAGGACAAAGAACCAAUGGCGACAUCUUGGAGACAAUUUUUGGACAAGCCUUGGGUGACAAACAAUAAGAGUGGAGGGCCUGAGCUCCUAUUUAUGCAACGUGCAACACGGACGGGUGACCGUUGGUCUGGCCAUGUAGCGUUCCCAGGAGGCAAGAACGAGAAAGAUGAAACGGACAUUGAGACUGUGGUGCGUGAAACUUGGGAGGAGGUCGGUUUGGAUCUCAAUACCGAAGACUUUAUACCUGUUGGGCGAUUGGAUGACCGCGAAAUUACCUCAGCACAAGAUGGCAAGCUGAUUAUGAUGCUAUCGCCUUUUGUCUUCCUGCAGGUAUCUCCACAGACUCCAACACUGAAACUGCAAACCUCUGAAGUUGCAUCUGUUCAUUGGAUACCUCUACAAUUCUUCCUAUCUGUUGAGCCGUAUGCUUAUCGACCAAUGAAGAUCAAAUUAAUGAACAAAAUGCCACCACACCUUCGAUCAUUAGCUCCUGUCGCACAAGAAUUGUUUGGCAACAUGGAAGUGCCCGCCAUCGAUCUGCCAGAUGGAAAUUCUUCCUCACCCCCAAGGCUAUGGGGUUUGACGCUUGGAAUGACCAGCCAACUGAUUAGCUUGACAGCUGAAACUACUACCUCAGGGAGGCCUAUCCGGUCGAGAAACGAAAAGAGACUCGCAUUUGUAGAUUUAGAACGCUCUCCUCCAAAAUAUACUUUCCCAGACAUAGCUGCGCUUGUCUGGCUUUUUUUCAAGGUUGGCAUUGCAUGGCAAAAUAUUCGAGGCGUAAGGAAGCGAAGUAAAUUGCGGAUUAAUUCAUGGGCCGAAGAUGCUGAUCUGCCUUUGUAUUAUGCUGCGCUUCGAAAAUCACUGGCUGUUGCUGGCAUUCUCCGCGUAGCCGGAGUCAUGAUCAUUAUCCUCAAGGCGUACAAGCUACUUAAACAUAGACGCGGUGUAAUGGCUUAAUGUGUAAUACAGAUUUGAACACUAGGUAUUGAAGGAGAAGAGAAAUCUAUCGGAUGAUAUAAUGUACUGUACAGUAGAGAAA